UAACAGCAAAAUAGAAAAUAAAAAAAAUAAAUAAGUUUGUUGGUUGUUUUAUUUGAUUUCGGUUCAGUUAUUUUGAUUUCGGUGACAGUUAACUGGCAAAGUGUUUAAAAAAUUGUUUGUCAAUAUUUUAUUGACAUAAUUUUGUAAAAAAAGAACAUAAACAAUUAUAAUUAAAUUAAAAAUAACAUGUAGUUAUUUCCAACUUUUUUUUAAUAAAAAGAAUUAACGUGUUUGUGUUUGAAGAAAAAAGUAAUACCUUAAAUAUGGAUAUUUUUGGUAUUUAUAUUUUAAUGUUUUUCAUUUUAUUCCUGGUGAUGCCCAUCGUGUAUUUUAUUUUAAGGGUUAUAUUGUGGUUUAUUUUGGAUUAUUGCGGUUUUGGCAGUAGCGCUCAUAGGCGCAAUCGUCAAAAUAUACGUCAACGACGUCAUUAUAAUACCGAUCGCCAGGGUAAUAACUUUGCCACAGCUGAGGAGGCCGCUAGAGAUAAUCGCUUCAAUGACAUAUUCUUCAUUGAACCCAAUAGUCCUGAAGCAGCCCGUAUACGAGCACAAUUGGAGAAGGACGACAAAGAUUUGCCUUCAUAUGAUGAGGUUAUGCGCAUGACAAACUUGAGCACACCCACAGCGGCACCAGCAGCUGGCGCCGUUAAUUUUGUACCCGCCAUGCCAAGUGCUCUUUCGAUGGGAGCCUCUAGUUCGAGUGUUAAUACCACCGAUACAACAUUGACUGUACCACCCUAUACAUCAGCUGAUCCCAAUGUAUCGUCUAGCUCACGGCCGUUGACACCGCCUCCAUAUACACCCGAACCUAUAGGUGCCUCGGUUGUCUUGCCCAUUACCACUCCUCUGCAUUCACAACAGCCUGCACAAAGUUCAUGAGUGAAGCCUACAGAUAUAUAUAUUUGAGAGAUUAAAGACGUACUAGUAUGUGUGUGUGUGGUUUCUGUGUUUUAGAUCCUUUAUGGAUCCCGAGUUGUUUUCCUAGUUUUUAGUUAAAACGAUCGAUAUUUUUUAUUUUUAUUUAAUAGUGUUUUUUUUUUUUUUAAAUCGAAACAAAAGAAUUUUUUGGCUUUAAUUGUAAAAAAAUGAAAUAAAAAUCGUAUUUAAUUGUUCCUGACCUAUUA